AUCAGCUGUUGUCAGCUGUACAGAACGAUUUCUGAUAUGUCGCGCGUAGCUAAUACUUUGUAAAUAAUAUAAUUAUGUCAUCGGCAUAUUUGACAGGAGGCAGAUUAAAUGUCAGGCUCAUACAGGAGCAAGCGAGAAAGCGAUUGCUUUGCUUGUUGGAAAAAUGUGAUGGCCCAAAGGCUAUUAUAUGGGAUCAAUCAUUGGCUGGCCCAAUUGGUCUUGUCGCGAAAUAUAAUUUACUGGAAGAAUAUGGUGUCGUAAAGAUGUAUCCGUUGUAUGGUGGAGUUUUAACAAUUCCACCUAACAUUGUUAACAUUAUAUUUAUCUCGAGACCACAACUAGAACUUAUGGACUUGAUUGCUGAAAAUGUUCAUGGUGAAGAGGGUAAAAGGCCACGUAAAGAAUUUCACUUAUUCUUUGUGCCACGCAAAAGCUUACUUUGUCAAAAAAAGCUUCAAAAUCGAGGUGUCUUUGGGAGCUUUACAUUAAUAGAGGAAUUUAAAUGCGAUCUUUUUCCAUUUGAUAAUGAUCUACUAUCGAUGGAGUUGAGUGGAUCCUUUAAAGAAUUCCACCUGGAAAAUGAUCCCACUUGUUUAUACCAAGUUGCGCAAGCUAUACAAGGUUUACAGAAAUUAUAUGGAAAAAUCUCAAAAGUGACAGGCAGAGGUCCAGCUGCUAGUAAAGUUUGGGAAUUAUUAGAGAGAUUAUCCAGAGAAGAAGAAGAUAAUAAAGCAUUUUCUGCUUCAUCCGUUACUAUUGAACAUUUAUUGCUAUUGGAUCGAUCUGUAGAUUUACUUUCACCCCUAGUUACACAAUUGACUUAUGAAGGUCUAAUAGAUGAAAUAUUUGGAAUAAAAUAUAAUACUGUUCAAUUACCAGCAAAAAAGUUUCAUGAUUCUGAGGACUCUCCUACAGCAAUGUCUCUAAAUGAAAAGGAACAAAUUAUAUUGAAUUCAGGAGAAGAACUUUUUGCUGAGAUUAGAGAUAAGAAUUUUAAUGGCGUCGGUCCAGUUCUUAGUAAGAAAGCUAAAGUAAUUUCAUCUCAGUUUGAUGAAAGACAUGGAGACAAGAGUGUACAAGAAAUCAAACAAUUUGUCGCAAAAUUACCACACAUGUUAGCAACAAAACAAUCUUUAGCAAGGCAUACCACAAUCGCGGAAAUGAUAAAAGAAGUUACCGAUUCGAGCAACUUUUUAGAAUCGUUGCAAGUUGAACAAGAAUUGUUAAAUUGUAUUGACACUGACAAACCAAACGCAUACAUUGAAGAUAUGAUAGCGCAACAACAACCGUUACUCAAAGUUUUACGUCUUCUUUGCAUUCAAUCAUUGACAAACUCCGGUUUGAAGCCAAAACUGUUGGAUUAUUAUAAGAGAGAAAUAAUUCAUACUUAUGGGUUCCAAAAUUUGCCAACUAUAUUAAAUUUGGAAAAAGCAGGAUUGCUAAAACAGCAGCAGUCAGUACGACAAUACGCAGUUUUGAGGAAAGCAUUAAGACUUACAGUCGAGGACGAAAGUGAAAUAGCACCAAAAGAUAUCAGUUACGUACAUUCAAUAUAUGCACCUCUGAGCGUGAGACUGGCGGAACAGCUAGUACAGCCAAAUGGAUGGCAAGGAUUAAACGAUGUGAUGGGAUUAUUACCAGGUCCUACUGUAAGCAGUGCUCCAUAUAACGCAUCUUCAUUAGUAAGACGAAAUUCUAUUACUAGUGAAGAUUCUAGCUCCGAACCACCAAAAUUAAUUAUGGUAUUUUUUAUCGGGGGAUGUACUUUUGCAGAGAUAUCUGCUCUUCGCUUUCUAUCGCAACAAGAAGACUUAAACGUUGAAUUUGUCGUGGGCACUACUAGAUUAAUCAACGGCAACACGUUUCUCACUUCCUUAAUGGAAGAUUUAGAGCACACGUAAAUACGAUACGUGUACAUUCAAAUACCAAAGUAGGAACAUUUAAUAAUUUUCACACGGUAAAAUGAAACUCCUGUAAAUACUA